AUGGUAAAUAGAAACCAAAACACCGAUAAUGUUAUACGGCAUAUUCAACAUGAUGAUAUGGCAGCAGGUAACAAUCUAGCAGCCAUGGUCGAAAGGAUUAUGGUUCGAAAUGGGGUAAACUUUGGCCUUCGAAGGCCAAAUUAUAUAUCACCUUUGUUCGAAUAUAUCCUACAGGCAGAAGCACCCCCUAGAGCAAAAAUCCCCAAAUUCACUAAGUUCUCUAGGGAUACUAUUGAAUCCACUGUCAAAGAUGUGGCUAGAUAUUUAAUCGAGGCAAAAGACAUUUCGAACAACGAAAGCCUUAGGAUAAAGUUUUUCCCAAGUUCUCUCAUAAAAAAUGCUUUCACAUGGUUCGCCACCUUUCCACAAAGUUCGAUUCUUACUUGGAAUCAGUUAGAGAGAAUGUUCCAUGAGCAGUUUUACAUGGGACAGACGAAGAUAAGUCUGAAGGAAUUGGCUAGUAUUAAACGAAAGUUUAUUGAGCCAAUUGAUGACUAUCUGAAUAGGUUUGGAUUAUUCAAAGCUAGGUGUUUUACACAAGUGCCAGAGCAUGAACUGGUCGAAAUGGCCGUUGGGGGCCUUGACUAUUCUAUAAGGAAGAAGUUAGAUAUCCAGUAUUUGAGAGAUAUGACCCAACUGGCUGAUAGGGUUCGAUGGUUAGAAUGCUUGAAGGAAGAAAAUGGUAGAGAAAAUAAGAAUAAAAGAAUAACCUAUGUCUAUUUCAGCAAUGAUGAUGAAGGGUCCUGUAACGGGCCUUCAGACUUCGACAAAAAUGAAAUCAACCUUGCUGAGUUGAAGCAAGGACCACCUUACGCGUGUAAGGUUUUGGCCCCGUCGAAUGGAAAAAAACCUAUUGAACCAAAAAAGAAUGAUAAAUUUCCUAAGAAAACUUACACUUUCGACGUUACAAAAUGUGACGAAAUCUUCGAUUUGUUAGUUAAGGAUGGUCAAAUGAUAGUACCCCCGGGUGCUAAAGUGCCUCUUUUAGAACAAAGAAAGAAAAGAGGAUUUUGCAAGUACCAUAGUUUUCUGUGUCAUAAAACAUCUCAAUGUUUUAUUUUCAGGGAUCUUGUGCAGAAUGCCAUCCAAGAAGGGAGACUCAUGUUUGGAGACAAACCUCGGAGCCAGAUGAAGAUCGACUCUGAUCCUCUGUAA